AUGAAAAUUACAGGCAUCUUAAUCUUGUUUUGGGAACUCUCACUAUUAUCAACAGGCCUAAGCUGCACUUUUAAAAUAGAUGGCAGUCAUAAUUUCACUGCAAAGAACCUUAUUUUAUUUCCACAAAAUAUCAAUAAAAAUGUUACCAUACUUGAUCUCAGUUAUAACCAGAUCACUUUGAACAGUAUAGAUAUAAGUAUUCUCCAGGCUUUUGUUUUACUAAUUGAACUCAAUCUGAACAACAACAACAUUGCCUUCCUAAGGAAUAAGAGUUUUGGUAGUCUUUCCAGUCUGGAAAUUUUAAGUAUCAGCAGCAACUCCAUCAGUACAAUUGAACAGAAUGCUUUUGUAGGAUUAGGUAAACUAAAACAACUGUGUCUUGGCCAAAACAAAAUCUCUCAGCUGAAUCCUUAUACAUUCAGACCUCUAAAAAGCCUGAUGGCUUUGAAUUUGCAAGACAAUAUGAUAAGUUAUUUUGAUGUUCCAAGAGAAUUUCAACUGGAAAAGAUAAUUUUAUACGGAAAUCCAUGGAACUGCUCUUGUAGUCUACAUAAUUUACAGAAGUGGCUGAGUACCUCAAAAGUAAUGCUUGAAAAUGAGGGUAGCACAAUAUGUAUCUCUCCAGAUGCCAUGAAGAACUACAGCAUCAAAGUAGCACCUUACAAGAAUGGAUGUCAUUCAAAAUCACCCUUAACUACAAUUCAACUUUCUAAUAUUCACUUGAAGUCCUCUGGCAGUAUACCACUUUUGCAAAAUUUAAAUGACACUAUGAACAAUAUAACAAAAAAUGCAGAAUCUGAGCCCACUGGCAAAAGCUGGGCCCUUCUCGUCGGUGUUAUAGUUGUGGUCCUGGUAACUUCACUGCUGAUUUUUAUUGCUAUCAGAUGCCCGACAUGGUAUAACCUUUUCUUUAGCUACAAUCAUCAUCGCUUGGAGGAGCAAGAGUGUGAGACAUAUGAAGAAGAUUUUACUAUUUAUUCCAAGUCUAUUCCACAAACACCGGAUACAAACCCAGAAGAAAAUAUAGUGAUAUUUGAUCAAUUAAAUUCAUUCGUAGUAGAUGAAGAUGGAUUUAUUGAAGACAAAUAUAUAGAUAUUCAAGAAACACAUGAAGAAAAUUAA